AAUAUAGUAAUCGGUUCCAUAACAAACACAAAUCACAAUCAUGCGAAAGAUGUUGGGGGAUGUUUUACCACACACUAACCGAUUAGCGCAUUUGAUGAUUGGUUAGUACCAAAUCAACAUAUAUUUUUUAACAGAAUCUAAUACAAAGGAUGAAAAUCUUUUAAGCUAUUUUAAUACCAUGUUCUUAACGUUUUUCUUUUAUGCACACUUCAGUAGGUAUAAAAUUAUUUAAACCUAAAUGCCUACUUAGACAUUAACCACGGACAUAACUGAUUGCAGUUUCAUGGACACUACUAGCUAGCCACUACUUCUAGUAUGAUAAGAAAUUUGAUUGCGUGCGGUUCUGAUAUCAAAUUGUUUACAAGAUUUGUACAAUGUGAAUACAAACGAAAAAUAAAAAUUACAGAAUUAAAUUUAGGUUUUGCUUAUAUUGAGUGCGAUUGUGAUUUUAGCGAGCGAAUACUAUGAGAAUGUAAUUAAAGAUGUUAAAGUUUUUUUUGUUGAUGAUGUCAUUCAAACAUUAUAGUGAAUCUCUUCGAAUUUUUCCGCGACCAGUUUAUCACCUGACAGCACCAUCGCGUCUUCAAGUAUACAAAUGUAGAGUACUGCAUCGCUGUGGAGACCUGGUAGACUUAGAAGAUCUUAGUGGACAAGAAUAUUAUGAUAAAAAUAAUAAUUUAAGAAUGGUGCAUCAUUAUGUGACUAAGGAUACAAUAGACGCGUUGAUCAACCCAUAUUUCGAAACGACAAGUAAACCGGCCACUGAUAAUUUUUUUUACAAUAGUAUUCCUUUAAAUUCACACCUAGGGAAUCACUUUAUUUUUAAUCAUCCCACCUAUGAUGUCAAUAACUACAGAUCAAGUUCUCCAAAGUAUGAUCCGACUCCUAUGUCAGUAAGUUCUUUAACAAAAUUGAAAGAAAUCGUAACGAAUAAGGUCAAAAUUGCUUCACGCAUAUGGAAUGCAAAGCAUCGUUAUUUCGAAUCCGAUAUACCAUCAUCAUUUGCCAAAAAUGAAAUUGACACACUUGGUGCUAUUAAUAAAAGCAAUGUUCCUUCACAUAUAUUCAAUACAGAGAAAAACUUAUUUGAAUCUGAAUCAUCAGCAAUACCCGAUACUGAAAUUGACUCGAGUGUUGAUAAAGAAGCAAAACACUAUCUAGAAAGUCACAUAUCCGAUAAUACCACUAAUAUUUCAUUAGCUCAUUCUCAGAGAUUGUUACUAAACGAAUUUAAAAUUGGGUUGGACAAACUUGAGCGGCAAUUUUACAUGGUGACAUUCAACAAACUUAAAAACAUGACUGCCGGCGGGUCUCGUGCUGAAAACGCUAUCAGUUUCGUCCAGUCCGCCCUCUUCGUGCAGUUGAUAUUGCUGGCGGUGUCCAUUGACAGUGAUAACGAUGUGAAGAUGAAAAUUGACAACUGCAUUGGAAUACGAACGCACAUUUCAGACGCAGAAAGAAUACAACUUAUAGAUGAUGUUGUCUCGUCAUUGCCAACUGCGAGUCACGGUUUGGUAUUCCGCUGGUCAUCUCACUUAGUGUUGGGACGGAACUAUAAUGUUAGCGACGCAUUCAGAAAUGGCGCUGCAGUUGCAUUGCGUCUACAUUUGGACCAGUUCAAUGGAACAGAAUCUCCGAAAAUACUAAGUGAAAUAUUGAAUCGAAUGGUGGAAGAAGAUUCUAAUGGCGCUAUUCAUAAUACAUUCGAACCAGAAGACCUUUCUGGGACCAUCAGCGCAGUCUUCUUAACUACCUUAUACCUUCGUAGUCGAUGGCGUACUGCGCCAACUGUCUUAAAUGGUUCCAGGAUCUUCCGAGAUGCGUAUGAAGACCCUGAUAGGACAAUUCGCAUGAUACGCAUCAAUGACAUGAUGCGGUACGCCAAUCUCAUCGAUUGCGAUGCUGAGGCGAUCGAAGUUUUUUACGGUAAGCCUGGUCUCAGCGUACUUAUUUUGGUGCCCCGUGGACCUUCGCUCAGGAGACUGGCGGCGUAUGUGGCCGAAGUAGGGUUGCCUCUCAUUACGGGCGCCAUGAGGAAUGUAAGGGUAGCUGCUGAUUUGCCACUCUACACCCUUCGAAUGUCACUGUUAUUGCCUAAUAAACUUGAGGGACUGGGCUUGUCUGAUCUACUGCACACAGAUAACACUACAGAUAGCCAUUUGAGAAUGUCGCACGGUCUUCAGAGGCUAAUGUUUUGGGCCGAAGCUGGACGCACCGCAUUCAAGGAUGAUGGUAUCGAGUGGGAUGACCCGCCACAUAUGAGAAUCGUCGUUGAUAGGCCAUAUUUGUUUUUUGUUAGAUGGUAUAAUAUGACACUUAUGAAUGGCAAUUUUGUAUUAUGAAAUUUGCGAUACAAAUUGAGACUGAGCAUAAAUUUUGAUAAAGGAUUUCUCUAAUCUCUCUAGUGCUAUGAAUCAUCACUCUACAAAUUUUUAGCCUUAUCUACAGGAAGACCGUUACUCGGAGGGUUCAUUACCUCUUAGACUAUAAGAAAUGUAAAUAUUUCGCGACAGAUUGUAAAAGAACAGUCAUUUCAUGACAGGCAAAGCUUUAACAAAAUGCUAUAUAUGAAUAGAAACUGCAAUUUAACAGUUUUUUUUUAUCGCAUGCAUUGUAUUGAAAUCAAGUAUUUUCAUAAUUAUUCUGGCCUGUCCCUAUUACAUUGUCACUUCUCUGGAGAGGAGCCCGGAGCCCACUAAUAGGUAAUCACGAAAGGGUAAGUUAUUCGGAGAAGCAAUACCCGUUUGACUUCAGCGUCGCAAAAGAACCUGGCCAGAUUUGGAUUACGUCCAGUUGCCUGCAAGUGUAGGUUUCCUAACUAUGCUACUACUACUUACCCUCAAUUCUUGGUCCACAAUGAAUGUUAUUGGUAAAAACUGUUGGAAGUACUCACUUGUAUAAGUUUAUAUUAAGUUUUUUUGGUUUUAUUCUGAAAAUGCAAUGUAAUGUAACUUAUAUGUUCUUUCUUACUGUUUACCAAAAAUACAGAAAAUUAUAAAAAAACAAAGAUUCUUAAUAUUAUUUACUGUAUAUUAAAGUAGCAAACAUGAUAUUAACUUCUUUAUUGGAAAGUAUGUCAGUAAUUAUAAACUUUUUGUAACUGAAAAGUUAUUCAGCGUAUCGAUCACGCGUAUCGUAUUGAUCAAGCAGUUGGCAGAAAAUAGUUUUUAGAAGUGCCUACUAGGUAGUAGUUAAUAAAAAAAAUUAUCCUAGGAGGCUAUUCACAACAAAAAACUCUCGUCUCAAUAAACAUCACUAGUUUAACUUUUUAACUAAAUAUCCCCAUAAUUCUCAGUUAUUCAUCCGUGCCGUAUGCCGACACUUUGUGAGUUUCCAUGCUGGUCUGGUACAAUAUACCUAGUGUGUAAAAAUUAAUAAAAGGAAAAGUUAAUAAACUCGGAAUUGUUCUUGUUUGGCGAUGGACUGCAAUUUCGAUAUUUCUGAGAAUGUUACAACAUACUGUUUGUAAAGUUAGUUGUAGGUAUUCCCAGUAAAAAAGAGUGCACACUAGGUUUUAAAAAGAAACCCCUUUACAUUAGAAUAUAUAAAUAAAUUUAUUUUUAGAGAAAGAUGCAAAGCAAUCAUGUUUUCUGCACAACUAAAGAUAAUUUUGAUAGCUUUAUUAUUAAUAUGAGCCAUAUUUAAUUCAUAGUAGUAGAAAAUCGCUUAUCAGACUGAGCCAGAGGAUCUACCAACAGAGAAAAAUGGCGGGAGAUCGUGAGGAAAGUUGGCCUCAUUGUGACCACGACCGCUCUGGCAACAUUGAAACGACAAAUAAGUAAAAAAUAAUCUUGGAUAAGAAUGAAAACCUACAAUAGAAGGUUAGAAACUAAGAAAUAUGUGAUCGAAGGCUCGAUCGUAAUUGAUGCAUUUUUUUAGUAGGAUUUUUUGUUUUGUUUUGCCGACAACUUAAAUACAAUAACAUUAUUGCCAAUAACUUUAAUUAAUAGCAAACAUAAACCUGAUUAAGCAAUAUACAAGUAAAAAUAAAGUAAAAAAAUAUAAAUAUAAACUUAAUUAAGGCUUACGUUUUGAAAUUACAUUAAGUAGUGCAUGGUAGUGAUUAUUAAAAUUCAGUUCCUUAUUUUUCUUAAGAAUUAUUUUAGACUAGUAUAGAUGUGAAUACUUCAUGUGUAUUUUGGAAUACUGCUUCCUGAAAAUAAAGAAAUAAAGUAAAUUAAAAAAUACGAAAUAAACAAAAGUAAAAAUACGGCAAAGUUUUUGUUAUAGGUUUUGGAAUAUUUAAUGAAUAGAUCAUAGUUAUGCAUAUAUUUAUUCAAUUCAAAGUUUUCAAGUGUAAUUACAUUAUCAACAUUUCCAAUCCUUAUAACUUGACAUGUCGUUAUAUAAAUACUCGUUGACUAGUAACAGUAUAACACAUGGUGCAGUCCUUGCUCACGCUCACGUGGGUGCUUGAUUUUUUUACUGAUCUCAUCUCCAAUACUCAGUCAAGUAUUUACUCGUGAGCUCGAACUGCGAUUGUGAUUUAAGCCGAAAUAACAUAUUAAUUUAGAGGUUUAUUCAACUAUUACACAUUUGAAUCAAACUAACACUAAACAUUAAAAAGUUAACAGUGAGUAACGAUUGCGUCGUUAGGAUGCCUUUUACAAGGGUUAGUAGUCGAUUGGCACGAAAAUAAUUCGCACGAUCGUGCGAAUUGUCCCCUUCAAGAAUUAGUAGUAUGCGAUUCGAACGCACCUAUAUUUUAUCGAAAAGUACAGUCAUGUACAAUAUACUAGAAUAUUAAUAUUAAAAUGAAAUAAUUCUCUAUUGGCAUCGCACUCAUGCACAAAAUACUAGUUAAGAGGUAAGAUGAAAAGUUUUGUCAGUAUUUAAUAUGAAAACUUAUAUGAACACCAUAAAGAGGAUAUGAAUCCUCUUUAUGGUGUUCGUAUAAGUUUUCAUACAUUUAAAACAAUACUUUAGCUAAUUAAAACGAUUUUUUAAAUUGUAAUUACGAAAAUUUAAAAAGAUUUAUAUAUUUAUAGUUUCGUUAUAUUUUUCGUUGUUUUUAAAAUAAGCUUUUAGACCAUUAUAAAGUUAAUUAUUUAAUUUUGACUUACUUUUUUAAACAACAUUAUUUUUAACAAGACUCAGGAGUUCACAAAAAGUUGAUUUCGGUAAAAUCUCUAAUAAGUACCAAUUUGUGUUGAUAGGCAAAGUAUUUAUAUGAAAUAUAUUAUUAUACCUGUGAUUUAAGGUAAAUGCAAGUUUUAAUAUUACCUGUACGAACGAAAAAAAGUACCUAUAAAAAUGCAAUACCAAAUAUUUGAUUAUAAAUCGUACUAACUGUGAUUUUAAUUGUAAUCUUGGUUAUAAUUAUGGUUUUAAGUUAUUUAAACUGUGAAUUAUGUAAAAUCACUUUCUGAUAGAUACAAAGUAAAAUAUAGUACCUUGAUUUCCUUAAAAAUCGUUUUAACUGUCCUGUAUUAAAAGAAAGCAUUUUGUACGUGAGCGUAUUUUUUCUUGAAACUUUUCGAUAAAAUAUAGGUGCGUGCGAAUCGCAUACUACUAAUUCUUGAAGGGUUCUUGGAGGGGAAAUUCGCACGCAAUUUAAAUACUUCCGUGCGAAUCGCCUACUAAAAAAAUAUUUUUAUUGAAAGGGGACGAUUCGCACGAUCGUGCGAAUAAUUUUCGUGCCAAUCGACUACUAACCCUUUUACAAUCUCAUUUUCAAAGUGAAACAUAAUUUUAAUAUGAGAUUGUAAAAAUAGCAAGCCAUGAAUGAUAAAACCGUUUAAGUGUAAUUUAUAUUGGAAUAUAUAGUGAACCUUGUACAUUUACACAAGCAAUUGGUGUAUAUAAUGAAUUUGUCUAACAUCCUUAUUAAUAAUGACAUAUCCUUCACAUCUACAAUAAUGACGAAUACUUCUCCUUAACAAGCUAAGCUCAAAGACGAACGGUAAUAACUGAUACUUAAACACCCCCUGAGAUACUAACAUUUAGUACUUAUACUACUUAUUCUCAACAUUACAAUAACGUUCUCGAGACAAGAAAUUGGUUGUUUCGCAAAAAAACUUCAUUCACUUGAAAACGUAUUUCGUUUUGUAAAAAGACAAUGUCGCUGCACUUGAACAUUUACAAUAUAGCCGCUUGAUUGUUAUUAACCAAAAGGCUCGCGCAAUUUACUUACAGAUUUUGCAUCGCAUUCACCAGCCAUGUAAACUUGUGUUAUUUAAAUAAGGUGUGAAGUUGUUGAUUAACAUAAACAUAAAUACAUAUGGGGUUUGUUUUCUUAAUAAAUGUUAUCAAAAUUAAAUAUAAUUCAUUAAAUAAUAUUAAAUAGUUAAAAUUAUUUAUGAAAUUUUUGGGAUUUUUCCGUUUCUCCGAUCUGAACUCAGAUUGGUAGGAGGAGCGGGAUUUGU